CCCGAUAAAUUUUCGCUGUGCGAAGGCCCCUCGUGCUCACGCCGUGGCCCGAACUAGGGCGGGAAAACGCUGCAGCGUGGUCCCCUGAGUGAGCUGACCGCGCGCGGAGACUUUGGGCCGCAGCGGACACCGCCGGGACAAGGGGCAGCCGGCACGCGAAACCACCAGAACCAUGGACAUCGAGCCCCCAACCCACGCGCGCGUCGACGCCAUCGCUUCGGCCAUCUGCGAGGCCGGCCGCAGCCGCAGCCGCUCCGAGGAGUCACCGAACGCCGUAGAAACGAUACCGGUGGAGGAAGACGGCGUCGACGCCCUGAUGAGGGAGGCGGCCACGGUGCUCGGGCGCGCCGCGCAGUCGCUGGCCGCCGAGGACUCGCCGCCGCAAGUGGUCAAGCGCAAGCGCCACCAGCGCACGCCGUCGCUCGUGGACGCAGCGGCCGUCCUCGCGGGCGUCUCCGAGGCGCCGCCGCCGCGCGACGACAACGCGGCGUCGCGCGCCCUGGCGGCGCUCAACGCGCUCGACCCGAAACGCAAGGAAACGCCGCCGCCGCCGCCGCCGCCCGUCGCCAUCGUGACGCCGGACCCGGCGCGCCCACGCGGCCGCUACCGCUGCUCGCGCUGCGGCGAGCCCAAGGCGAACCACGUCUGCAAGGGCGCGCAGCGCUACGAGCGGAGCGUCGCCGGGCAGACCGUGGGCCUCGAGCCCAAGGACGUGAAAAAAGCGGGCGACAAAGUACUAACCGUGCGCGCCUGGACGCCGGCGCGGGCGCGACCCGUGCCAAAGGCGAAGUCUCCCGUGCCGACGCCGCCGCGGGUGCCGACGCCGCCGCCGCCGCGCGUCGUCGUGUCGCGGACGCCGCUGCCCGUCGCCAAGCGGCCGCGCGCCGCGAGUACGUCGCCGAUGCCGCUGCCGGUCGCGACGCCGUCGCCGGGCCUCCUUUUCCAACGCCCGCGCGCGAACUCAAUGUCGCCGCCCGGCCUGCCGCUCCUGCCACGGCCGCGCGCGGGGUCGCUGCCCGGCCUGCCCCUCUUCGCGCCAACGGUAGCCUUACCGUGGGCAUGCCCUUGUGGCAAGGCGUUCGGCUUCGGGCCGCGCGGAAGCCCACCGGCGCUCGCGUGGGUGGCGCACGCGCGGCAGUGCGGCCUGGGCGGCCGCGCUUUUCCGCCGCGGCCGCCUCCUCCACCUCAACCUGGGCGCUGAGCGGGACUCGUUCCGAGUAUAACCCUGUCGCGCGCUUUCGUUUCGCUAAGUAUUGACUGUG